AUGUACAUUGCAUCAAAAAAUUUACUAUUCGAUAGAAAUCACAAAUGGCUGAUUAAUGAAGAAAACAAAGUUUCAUGUGAUGAUUUAAAAUUAGUUUUUAAUGAAAAAUAUGUACAUUUUGACGAUUUUAAUACAACAAAAGUAGCAGACAAUGUGGAUGAUAUUGAAAUUCCUAUCAUUGAUGUACUUAAUAAUCUUAACUUGAGCGUUGACGCUGAUAUCACGGUUUCUAUUACAAAAGACUCUUGGAGAUACGAUCUAUACGAGUUUUUUAAUUUUGGCAAGUGUCGUGGAGGAAGAUAUGUUAUUCAAAAUAUAGGUAAUUGGGACAUAAACAAAGGUAUAAACCUUACAAAGACGUUUAAGUACUAUCGAAGGUGGAAUUUCCAAAAAUUGGCCCUCAAAAUGAUCAUAUCUAUGACUCCUGUACCAAGGGUAUUUCAUCCGGAGAUGUUAAUAGGCAGGAUCCCAGAUCCUGGAGUCGCUAUCAUAAGCCAAACAGGUGCCCAGCUUCUACACGAGAUAGCAGGAAUUCACAAUUUUGGAUACACUUACACCGUAGUCGAUCGUUGGGUUGGCGACUACAAUCGGAACCAUUCAUAUACGGCAACCAACGGUCUAUACUUCCGCGAACACGAUAUAACACCGGUUCUGCGAUUUCUGCCAACACAUUUUUCAAGAUAUGACGUAGUAUUCCCAACUGUCACAUUUAUUGAAACAAGAUACUACUAUAGAAUUCCUUCUUACGGUAUUGGAAAGUUCGAGAAUCAAUUCUUAAGACCACUGUCUACCGCCACCUGGUGGUGCGUGGUAGCCGUAGGAGCACUCUGUGGUAUUGUCUUGAUGCUAUCAGCGAUCGUGGAAAAACGUCCGAUAACCGUUGAUUUUGCGUUAUUCUCAGUCUUAGCAUUGAUUUGCCAGCAAUUUUUUGAAGAAUUUGAGGACAUAAAACGCAUAUCUUCAGCCAGGAAGUUAACAAUAUUAGUAACUGGAUUGUCCUGCCUUCUCAUCUACAAUUAUUACACAAGCAGCGUCGUGAGCUGGCUCCUCAAUGGACCUCCACCCUCCAUUAACUCUUUGUGGGAACUCCUCGAUAGCCCCCUUCAACCAGUUUUUCAAGAUACAGGAUACUCAUAUUCUUGGUUACAGUUGCCGGAUUAUUAUUAUAACAAAAAGAACGCAAAAGCCGAAGAAGUGCUGAAGAAAAGAAUAUUAAAUAUGAAGAGGAAAGGAAACAGUAUCAUUAUACCCGUGAACGAAGGCAUUGAUUUGGUCAGAAAAGGAGGUUAUGUCUACCAUACCGAUGUGAACAGUGCUAAUAGCAGGAUAUCUCAAACUUUUACACAAAGGGAGCUGUGUGAUUUGGAUUCAUUGAAUUCAAUGGAGAAAAAUCUAUUAUACCCGUGUGUACAGAAGCGUAGUCCGUAUAGAGAAUUUUUUAUUUGGAGUCUAUCUCGUCUCAUGGAAAGGGGUAUAAUACGAUGUAUACAACAACGGACAUGGUCUCAUGGCGUGAAAUGUGAAGGGAGUUCUCCGAGAGCUUUAGCUUUGGGAGGUGCUGCUCCAGCGUUUAUACUCCUAGCAGCUGGAUAUAUUUUGGGGACAGUGAUCAUGUUAUUUGAAAGGUAA